UGCAAGCGGGCGAUAAGCCCGACGAUGCCGACGGAGGAAGACGAGUAUUCGGCGCGGGGCGCAAAUGAGGGGCUGCGAUAGAGGUCGCGCUUCGGGCUAGCGCGGGCUCUCAGUACAUUCAUUGGGUGUCUGCGCCGCGAGGGGCGCGCCGUCGGCGGAGAGGACUUGUAUGUAUACCUGGGCUGUGUCUCGUAGAGCUCGUAGAGGUAAGGUCGGACAUGUCUGCUGAGUUUGAUCUGAUUAUUGUGAAUGGCGUUGUGGUGACGGAUACGGAGGUUGGUGAGUACGACAUUGCGGUGAAGGAUGAGAAGAUUGCAAAGGUGGUUAAGAGGGGGGAGUUGGGGGAUGUCAGGGCGGCGAGGAUGAUCGAUGCGGAGGGGGGAUAUGUGAUGCCUGGAGGUGUAGAUGGCCACGUCCACCUGGAAGAGCCGCCACUAUUCGGCAAAGGAUCGUCUGCAGACAAUUUUGAGACCGGCAGUAGAUCAGCCGUAUGCGGCGGCACAACCACCAUGGUUCCCUUUGCACCCCAGAAAAAAACCGAAGACACCCUCCUCGACACCCUCUCGUUAACGCAUGCAAAAGCCAAAGACAACUGCUACAUCGACUACUCAUUUCACCUCCUCGUGGGCAACCCCUCUCCGCGCGCGCUCUCGGAAUUCAAGACGCUCCGGGAAGAAGGCAUCACCAGCCUCAAAAUCUACAUGACUUAUGAAGCCCUCAAGCUCAACGAUAGCCAAAUCCUCGACGUCCUCCUCGAAGCCCGCAAAAACCAGAUCACGACCAUGAUCCACGCCGAGAACGGGGAUUUGAUCGACUGGAUGACCGCGCAGCUUGAGAAGCGCAAGAUGUUCGCGCCGAGAUUCCACGGGCCCUCGCAUCCCCCCAUGGCAGAGAUCGAAGCCACUCACCGCGCAAUCUGCCUCUCUGAAUUCAUGGAUUCCCCAAUCCUCAUCGUACACGUCUCCACCCCGCAAGCCACCGCCUCCAUCGCCGCCGCCCAGAAACGCGGCAUACCAAUCUACGCCGAGACCUGCCCGCAGUACCUCUUCCUGACGUCUCUCGACCUCGCGAAACCCGGCUUUGAAGGCGCAAAAUGCGUCUGUUCACCCCCACCCCGCGAGUCCGAGGCCGACUGCGACGCCAUCUGGGCCGGCCUCGCCGACGGCACCUUCACCAUCCUGUCGUCGGACCACUGCCCGUUCCGCUACGACGACGCCGUAACCGGCAAGAAAACCUGCAUUACAGACGACUACCCCGAGGGCCACUUCAAAUACAUACCCAACGGCAUCGCGGGGAUCGAGACGCGGCUUUCGCUCGCCCUGGGCGAAGAGCGGCUCAAGCUGACCAAGUUCGUGGAACUGACGGCCACGAACCCCGCAAAGUUGUACGGGCUGUAUCCGCUCAAAGGCGGACUCGUCCCUGGCGCGUCAGAUGCUGACAUCAACAUCUGGUAUCCACCGGGCAAGAUGCCGAAGUUUGAGCUGAAGAACGAGAUGCUGCACCACAAUGUCGACUACACUGCGUUCGAGGGGCGGACGCUGAAGCAAUGGCCGCGGUAUACGGUGUUGCGGGGGCGGGUGGUGUGGGAUCGGGAGGGGGGCGGGCUGGUGGGGGAGAAGGGGUAUGGAAGGUUUGUGAGGAGGGAGGCGAGUUCGUUGGCGCGGCCGAGGUUUGAGGGGGAGUGGGAUAUCAAGGAGGACGGGUCGUUUGGGUUCUUCUAA